UCUCAUUUCCUGCAAGAAAAAAAAAAAGGGCCAACCUCCAGUCACAGCAGCUUCAUUCUGCAGCCGUUGAAAGCUGCACCUCACUGGAGGGGACGGAGAGCACCUUCUCGUUUCUUUUCUUUUCUUUUUUUUUCAUUUUUCAACUGCUAAUUUGUACAUUUGUGCUUUCACAUUUAAAGACAUUACCCAGCCUUCUGAUGCGACAACACCAAACUGCAUGCUCGACAAAGAUACAGAGAACUUCUUCACUUCAUUUUCAGAAAAUGAGCCAGUGACUUCUCAGGCUUCUGUACUUUCAUGAACCACUGAGUAUUAUACAGACUGGUAAGGAUAAAGUGAUCUAUAAAAAGGAGGCUUUUUCUUUGGAUUCCUGUCAGAAAAUCCAGUAAUUAAUAAACAAUGAGCAACAGCAAAAGCCCAGUAAGGCCACUAAAGCGAUGUUGGUCUAACAUUGAACAAAAGCUAGAGCUUCGUGUCACCCAGCACGAGAGCCUGAGGGAACGGUUGAAUAUCACCACCUGCCGCAGCAUUGGUAAAGCACGGGAUGGAGAAUGGCAAGAUGGACUGCGAUGCAAAAGGCAGCAAGAGUUCUUAAAGAGAAGAAAAAUUAUCAGUGAUGAAAGUCCUCAAGAACAUACGAGGAUGGACGAUAACCAAGUUAUUCGACGGUCAGCAAAAAUGAGGUCACCACAGGACCUAAUGAAUAGACGGUCACUGAUCAGAGCAGAAGACCUCCACAUUUCUUGGCCUGAUUUCACUUCUUCCCAGGGUCACAAGGUCCCACAGUUUGCAAAGCAGUUACGACACAAGACUCGGUUGAACUUACAGGAACAAGAUGGCGUGCUGACCACUUAUGUAUCUCGCAUCCAUACAUCGGAGAAAGUCCAAGAAAGCCUUAAAAGUAGAGAUCGAGGAGUUCAGACAUGUGAUUCCAGAGGAACACUCUAUAACACUCAAGAAUCAAGUAUUCAAACAGAGAAUGGUGUGGCAGCUGUGCUGGACAAGGAAAUUCUUGAGCUUUCAGAUUACCUACAGGAGGCCCUCGUGCGAGAACAGGCACUCAAAAAGAAGCUGGCUCUGCUGCAGCACAUUCUUUCCACUUUACUUUGCUCCUCGGAGAAGCUGUGGAAGGCUCAGUGCAAUGAAGAUCUUAUGAAACGCAGACUAGGAUCCCUUGAGUCACAGCUACAUCUUUGUAUGCAGGGAAACUCCGGGGCAGGACUGAAGGCAGUAAUGAUUGAGAUGGAAUCACAUAAGCUAAAGUAUGAAGAGAAAGCAAAAGAGUCUUUACAAAAGGUUUUAGAAGAGAAGCAAGCUGCUGAGAAGAAGCUACAAAGUCUGCAGACAACCCUCCAAACAUGCCAAGAAGAAAGUUCUCACUGGAAGACUUCCUAUGAAAAGAUGAAGGCCAGCUGGGAUGAACUAAAUGAGAAGCACAGUCAAACUAUGAAUGAAAUGCAUCUUCUGCAGGACAAGUUGCAGAGGACACAGAAGCAGGAGAAUCGACUUCAGGAGCAGCUACUGCAAUUACAUGAAAAUUAUAAAGAAGCCACAACCAAAAUUGAUAUACUGGAGGAAGACAGUUGGCAAACACGAGAACAACUCAACUGUAUGGAAGGUGAAUACAGAAAGUUGUUACUUCAGCAAGUGAUGCUGGAGUCUGCAGCAAGCAGCGCUCAAACUCUGAACCAUAAAGCACGUAAGGAACCGUCGAUAUCUGGUGAAAUUGAAAAGGACAUGCAGAAGGAGAAGAUCCUCUGCCAACUUCAGGCGAUGGAAUCCCAGCUCACGGCAAAGGAGAAGGAAUGCUCCGAGUUGCGGGGAGAGCUUGAAGCCCUAGAGGAGGAGUACCAGUGCUGUCAGAGGAAGCUUCAGCAAUGUAGAGAAGAGCUGAAUACUUUUCAGAGAAAGAAAAGCCGGAAAUGCUGCAGCAAGUGGAUUUUACUCCCAAUGGCUAUUCUCUUUGUAGCAGUGGCGGUGUCCUUCUUCUGCCCUGAUGUUUGCGACCACAUCAGUAACUGGCUAAAGUCUCUUGAUAUGAAAGCUGUAUGGUUCUUACCCUGAGCCUUAAUUCUAAUAAGCACUGAAUGAACAACAGUGAACCUGGUGAUUCAGCAGGAGUUAUCAUGAUGGAAACUAGCACAUUUAGUCCAAGGAAUAUUUACUGAUUGAUGUGGCAGUAAUAAAAAGAGGUGGUGAGGAAAACGUAGUUAAAAAUGAAGAUUAUAAACUAGACCAGCCUUGCUUUCCACAACAAUAUGCAAUUUAAAAUGUUAUAUAUACUGUGACUGUACAGACACUGUUUACUUUGCUUAGCAAGCAAUAAAUUGUCAGUGUGAUCACUGCCAAGUCAAAGCCUUAUCCCAGUGACCCCCAAGAUCCGUAGCUGCCUAUGCUUAUUUAUCAGCAUUUACAUAAACUGACAAGAAUUCUUUAAGAAGUCCUGUAUUAUAUGAAUAAUCUACAGUAUAA